AGCCUCAAAGAUCCAAAACACACAUUCACUUUCAUUCAGUGAGUGUGUUGUGUGUUGUGUGUUUGUGUGUGUUUUCCUUUUCAGGCACAAAAGCCUUACCUCCACACAUCUAUUAUAUCUAUAUCUUCAUGUUUUCUUAGAAAGAAACAAUGAAUACGAAGCUUCUUCUUAUGCUUCUCAUGCUCCUCCUUAUUCUCCCCAAACCCUUUUGGAUUCUUGCAUCAUCAUACCCUCUUGCUCCCUCACCUCAAUUUCCACCCUUUUCCACUUCAAUGUCUGCUUCCUCUCCAGGAAUUGUGAUGGGGGGUGAACAGCAACAAAUGGAUUCACACAAGAAAAUGGUAACUGCCAUUGCCGUAACCAGCACUUCACUUGGUGCAGUCAUUUUGUGUGUGUUGUGUGUCUGGAUUUACUACUGCAAGUACCCUUCAAAACCCAACACCAAAAAGGGUCAAAGAUCAGAUGCUGAGAAAGGGCUAGGUUCAGCACCACUUUUGAGUAAAUUCAGCUCUAUAAAGCUGGUUGGUAAGAAAGGAUUUUGUCCAGUAAUUGAUUAUAAGCAAAUAGAAAAAGCCACGGGCAAUUUCAAGGAAAUUAACAUCUUGGGUGAGGGUGGUUUUGGAUGUGUUUACAAGGCUCAUUUGGAUGAUAAUUUGGAUGUUGCCGUUAAGAAAUUGCACUGUGAAAAUCAACAUGCAGAGCAAGAAUAUGAGAACGAGGUGGAUUUGUUAAGUAAAAUUCAACAUCCAAAUGUAAUUUCUCUACUGGGUUGUAGCAGUAAUGAUGAUACGAGAAUUAUUGUCUAUGAAUUGAUGCAUAAUGGAUCAUUGGAAACUCAAUUACAUGGACCUUCUCAUGGCUUAGCAUUGACUUGGCAUUUGAGGAUGAAGAUUGCUCUUGACACAGCAAGGGGAUUAAAAUAUCUGCAUGAGCACUGUUAUCCUGCGGUGAUCCAUAGAGAUCUGAAAUCUUCUAAUAUUCUUUUAGAUACAAAGUUCAAUGCCAAGCUUUCUGAUUUUGGUCUUGCCAUAACAAAUGGGUCCCAAGAUAAGAAUAACAUCAAGCUUUCAGGCACGUUGGGGUACGUAGCCCCGGAGUAUCUUUUAGAUGGUAAAUUGACUGAUAAAAGUGAUGUGUAUGCUUUUGGAGUCGUGCUUCUGGAGCUUCUAUUGGGAAAGAAGCCUGUGGAAAAACUAGCACCAGCUCAAUGCCAAUCUAUUGUCACAUGGGCCAUGCCACAGCUCACAGACAGAUCUAAGCUUCCAAACAUUGUGGAUCCUGUAAUUAAGAAUACAAUGGACCUCAAGCACUUAUACCAGGUUGCUGCUGUGGCCGUUCUAUGCGUGCAACCAGAGCCAAGUUACCGUCCAUUGAUUGCAGAUGUUCUCCACUCACUCAUCCCUCUUGUGCCUGUAGAGCUUGGAGGAACACUCAGAGUUCCACAACAGUCACAGCAAGUCUUACCCGUUGACUCACCUGUGGAUCCUAGUCAACAAUCAGUUUGAGACAACAUCACGCUGUGAGAAUCCAUGCAGGACAUGUUUUUGUGAUGCUAAACCGAACUAGUGAGGCUUUACCAGGGCUCCAAAUUAUACUGUAAUAAACGCACGCAGCCCUGGAGUGAUUGAGAGGACUUAGAAACAGAGAAUUUGAGGACAGAGUAGGCAUAAGUGGUGUAGAGGACCAUUGGAUUGUUAAUGAUAAAUGCGAGGAAAUUGAUUUCACUAUUGUGUAUAGAGUGGUGAUAUUGUGGAACAUUGAAUUGUU